ACUGACGUCACUGAUGACAUGAAAAAUAAAACGCGUCUUCUGCCUGCAGGGAUUAGAAAAAGGUUUCCGUGUUGUUUGAACAGUUAGAAUGAGAUUAUGUUCUAGUCUUGUGAAAUCAAACGUUGAGUUCGACUGUUUAGAACUCGGCACCUUUUAGACCCUCUGCACUUACCGUACUCGAAGCUCCGUCAUGGAGGUUGUCAUCUGACUGAAGUUUGGAGGAAACAAACUUUUUAAACGAAGAUGUUUCUUGGCCCGUUGGCAGCUGGGAUGCCGACACGCUGUCUACAACAUUAAUGGACACAUGAUGAAAGAAAACAGCGACCGUGAGAUGUGCUUCGUUGUGAUUUGACGUUUUUGCGUUAGCUAGGCUAGCUUCCUUCUCUUAAGUUUGGGGAGCAGUUUGAGUGCCGUGGGAUUUUAGAAGUCGUAGUUGAGUAAAACUCGGCGUUCAGAUUUGAAAACGUCAGUGGCUCGUAUGAAAAUGUGUCGGUUUCUACGUUACUGUGUCAGCCACUGUCUCCACGCGGCGAUGACCCGGCUGGAGGAGGUUAACGGGGAGGUGAGCGUGUGGUCGUCGCUGCGGUGGCUCGGCUACCUGGCCGGGCUGAACCUGCUCGUAGCCAUCUGCUUGGGUCUGUAUGCGCGGUGGGAGGGAACAGCAGAGUCCGCUCUCCUUGUUACAUUCAUCCUGGCCCUGGUGGUUUUGGGAAUAGCCAUUGUCCUGUACUAUUACUUCAACAUGGAAAGGGUCAGCCUCAUCCUGCUCCACCUGUGGUACGGCUUCUUGUUGGGUCUGCUCUGUUUUGUCAACCCGGCCGCCUUGGAGGAGGACGUGAAGGAGCGGGCGGCCAACUACCUGUUGCUGGCCAGCCUCGCCCUGAGGACGCUGUGGGCGCUGCUGGAGCGGAUGCUGGGGUGCACCCGGUACCGCCCCGCCUUCCUCACCUCGGCGGAGCGCUCGGAGCUGGUGGGCUUCGCCGCAGCCAGCACGGUACUACAGAGCCAGCAGUCCGUCAGCGUGGCGGUGCUGGUUAUGGCUCUGGCCGUGGUUAUACUCACCCUCAGGAUGAAGGUCUUUCUGGCUGUCCUCAGCUUCACCUGCUUCGUAGCCAUCACCGGGGGUCCGUUCAUCAAGUCUCUGAACAUCACCACCAACCCGUUCGCCCUCUCCUGCUUCUUCAGCCAGCUCAUCUGCGACCCUCUUAUGGAUUUUUACUUCAGCGGUCUGUCUGUCACCGAGCGCUGGAAAUCCCUGCUGGUGUCCCGGGCUCUGUGGCGUCGGCUGUCCCUGCUGCCUCUGCUGCUGGUCGAGGUGGGCUUCAUCAUCCAGGCGGCUCGGAGACUCUCGGAUUCGGACUCGGGGUACCUGGUGAUCCCGGGAUUUGUGGUGUGCCUGCUCUUUUGGGCCAUUUGCCACAUGGUGUUCAUUAUCACCGUGUGGGGCUUUCACACCAAACUCAGUGACUGCCAGAGGCUGUGCCUGUCCCAGGGACCAGAGGACACCAGCCUGGACAAAGUUAUGGCUUCCAAGGGCAUGAGACACUUCUGUCUCAUCUCUGAGCGCCUAGUGUUCUUUGCUCUGGUGUCAUCUGCAGUUGUUGCCGCUCUUUGCUGGCAGGCCUCCAGUAGUCUCUUCAUGGGUAUGUUUCUGCUCAACCUGUCCCUGGAGUGCCUCUUCCACGGACUCUUCUACGAGCUCGGGAACAGCCUGGGAGGAACCUGUGUGGGCUAUGCAGUGGUCAUCCCCACCAACUUCUGCAGUCCUGAUGGACAGCCCGUGCUGCUGCCUCCGGGCCAGGUGCAUGAACUAAACAGACGCUCUACAGGGAUGUUGAGCAACAUUCAGCGUUUCUUUGCCUGUCACCUGAUUGAAAACUUUGGAUGUGACUAUUCUACAAGCGGGGUGACCCUAGAGACUCUACAGGCCAAGAUCAAAGCCUUUUUGGAGCUCCGCACGGCAGAUGGGCCUCGCCACGACACAUACGUGAUCUUCUACAGCGGUCACACACACCGCUCUGGAGAGUGGGCUUUGGCAGGUGGAGAUGUGCUUCGCCUGGAUCAGCUCUUGGAAUGGUGGCGGGAGAAGAACGGUAGUUUCUGUUCCCGUCUCAUCUUGGUGCUCGACUGUGACAACUCCUUACCCUGGGUGAGGGAGGUGAGGAGGGUGGAGGGUCCGUACGUUGCUGUGCAGGGAGCGACACUGGCUAGGGGGAGCAGCGUGGCGCUGGAGGACACCCCGCAGCUUGGAGACUUCACCUCUCAGUGGGUGGAGUACAACUGCAACCCCAACAGCACCAUCCGGUGGUUGGAGAGGGAUAGGGCAGUUUCUGCCACCUAUGGGAUCGCCAAGCACUGGAGCGACUACACGCUGCAUCUGCCAACAGGAAGUGAUGUCACCAAUCACUGGAGCAUGUACUUCCCUCGGAUCACCUACCCGGUGGUCCAGCUGGCUGUGUGGUGUGGAGGCUUGAACUUACUGUGGCUCUGCAGCUCUUGUCUGCGCUAUCUGAGGAGAGUCAAGCUGAACUGGUUCCCACCGUCCGUACUGGACACAGAGCAGGGCUUCAAACUGGUCCGAUCAUAGAGAUCGGAGCAGAGGCUGCUUCUGGAUCAAAGCACAAAACAUUUCAUUUGCUUAGGCAGCUGCUGGAUUUUAAACGUGUCACCAAGCAGCGUCCAGUUGUUACUGAAUUAGUUCCUUUUAUAAAAGUCUUUUUAACACCAGGUUUUAUAUUCUUCCUAGUUGAUGUGAGAUUAAAACCCAUCGUCACUCUAGAUAUGCGGUUUUGCACAUUUUUAACUUUAUGCUCACUUAGACCUGAUUCCAGCUUUAAAUAUUCACCUGUUGCCUUAAAGUCACCAAAUAUGAAACCCGCAGCUGUUCUUGUGUCUGAAACCAAAGUGGCUGUAAUCAAAUGUCUCUUAUUUAUCUGCUUGUGUGAAGGGAUUCCUUUUGUAGCUGAUGACGCGCUGAAAUGUGCAGCAGUGAAGGUUUUCUAACGUUAUUGGGUGGGGGGGUGGAGGUGAGUUUCUCUAUGCAAUUAAAGAAAAGUGGAAAAGUU